CUACUCGCCACCGGCUGUUGUGCAGUUUCUUAUUCCCCAGCCUGGCCUGGGAGGGAGGCUGCCGCUGUCUGCUGGAUUGUUGUAGUCCCAGGGUUUUGUGGCGUUGCUUUGGUUUGUUUUGCGGUGCUUAUGCAGGUUCAGGGAAGGCUCGAUUGGAUUGAGGUCGAGGACGAGGAUAAGGACAAGGGAGGAAGAGCUUCAGCUUUCAGAAGAAGAGCCAAGGAAAGGAAGGAGAACAAAACAAGGGGAAGUUAAAAGAACAGAACAGAACAGCGGGAGGUUAGGGGUUGCAGGAAGUGGCUGCAAGGAUGAAGCACGAUGACUAUUUUGAUUGCGGGGAUGCGUUGGAGAGAUUGGUAGCUAGGUGUCCAGGUCUACGCGAAGAUCCCGACGUUGCUGUGGUAUUGGCGCAGAAGAGUAGUGGAAUUGACGAGGGUGGUGUUUUAGAGGUGGUGCAAGAUCUUGUUAUUCAGCCUGACGUUGGGCUAGCCGUGUUGGGAUGCUUUCGGCCAAUUCUUCCUAGGGUUCUAGAUAAUUUAGUGUACUCGUUGCGGCAAUUGUGGGGGCAGGGGAGAGGCUCUCCUGGGCGAGAGGGUGAGGGGUUUGUUAGAAUUUCGAGGCGGUUGCGAAAUGGAGGUGGAUGGGACCUCGGGUUGCAUGAGCACACGUGCAUUCUGUUCUGUAGGCUGCUGGACUUGGCGCCUUACUUACUUAGUUCACUGCUUCAGUACUUUGAAUUUGCUCCAUCUCCGUUUGAGCGCCUUCUGCAUGGAGGCGCAGUUGACUAUCAGUCUAUGCUAUCUACUAGUGAUGGGUUUCAAUCCACGUCAGGGGCACCUGUAUUCAGCGAAGUCUUGUACGCAUCCUAUCGGCUUCUACAAUUGGAGCCAACAGUAUUUCGGGAAAUUUGGGACUGGAGCCCUUUCUUAGAUUUAUUACGAUCACUGCCUAAGACUUUAGAUGAAUCAAGUCUAGACGUCCGAUGGUGCGCAGCACAAAUUCUCUCACAAGUUUUGCAAAUGAGUGAUAAUGCCACUCUAAAAUUCAACAGCUCAGUUGCAGGGCUGACGGACGAGCAAAUUUUUGGUUGUCAUCUUCGGUGGAAAUGUUUUUGUCAGCAAGCGGCCGUUGAAAAAUUAGGAAUGUAUUUAGAAAAACCUGAAUCAUCGAAAGACUCAAUGUUAGUUGAAGAUACUCGCUCUGACUUGAGUAUGAGCAGCAUCAAAAGCUGGAAAGGGACGAAUAGCUUCCAUUUGCGAAUUUGUGGAAUUGACCUCCCGGUUCGGCAAGAUAUGAGAGAGGGCAGGUCGACGCUGUGUUCUAGUCAAUCAUUAGUUUUGACACCAACAGUUAAACGGAACUUGGAAGCUGUAGUGCUGGCAUUGAGCCAACGGAGCCCAGUGCUUUUAGAAGGACCUAUAGGAUCUGGGAAGUCUUCUUUGAUUCAGGAACUGGCUUACGUUACCGGGAACCUGGAUCUUCUUUUUAUUCACUUGGAUGAUCAGAUGGAUAGUAAGACUUUGCUGGGGAAUUAUGCCUGCACUGAAAUUCCGGGAGAGUUCAAGUGGCAACCGGGGGCUCUUACUCAAGCAGUUGUGAGAGGGAUGUGGGUGGUGUUUGAGGAUAUUGACAGGGCCCCUUUCGAGAUUUUUUCUGCUCUUAUUCCAUUACUUGAGGAUCGAAAGUUGUACAUACCAGGCCGUGGAGAGAUGGUACCUGCUGCUGAUAACUUUCGAAUUUUCUCAACUGUUACCCGAAGCAGGCAUGGUGGGGCUUUCGCAGGAGGGAAGAAGGAAAUGCUGGGAAAUCUUUGGAGGAAAGUAUUGUUUGAUGCUCCUAAUGAUGAAGAACUCGCUGAUAUUAUUCGCAUCCGGUUCCCUGUUCUUGCACCUGUGGUUUCUAAAGUGAUUGGUACUUUUAAUCUAGUCAAGCACAUUGCUUCACAGUCUGAAACUUCCGCCAAUGGCCUACCUGAUGUUUCUGUAUAUGUAGGUCGUCAGUUUUCUACUCGGGACCUAUUUAAAUGGUGCACUAGGAUUUCUUGUCUGGGGUCUCAAGUGCUAGGAGCUUCGUCUUUUUCGAGUUCCGCUCGAGAACGCAUUUUUGUAGAAGCUGCUGACUGCUUUUGUGCCUCAAUAGCGUGUGUCGCGGACCGCCAAAUGGCUCUGUCAGUUAUUGCGCAAUUUUGGAAUAUUCCUUUGGACCGCGUCACAUUUUACUCUUCACUUAACAAGCCUUCCAUUCAAAUGAGUAUGUCACAUUUACAAAUAGGAAGGGCUAAUCUUUCUAUCCAGCCAAGAACAGGGAAGCCUUUGUCCACUCGUCUUUUCGCAAACACUGGACAAGCUGUACGUGCCUUGGAAGCUGUAGCUUCGUGUGUGCAGCAGCAGGAACCAGUUCUUCUUGUUGGUGAGACUGGUACUGGUAAGACUAGCGUCGUCCAACACCUUGCUUGGCAGUUAGGAGUGCCUCUCAUCGUACUGAACAUGAGCCAGCAAACGGAUAGUGCAGACUUCCUUGGCGGGUACAAGCCAGUUGAAGCACAAGGCGUUUGUAUGCCUCUGCUCGAGAACUUCAACACUCUUUUCCGAGAGACCUUUCCAAAGAAGAAGAAUGCUGAAUUGCUAGAGCAUGUACUUCGAUUUGCAGAGAAGAGGAAAUGGGAUAGGCUGCUGAAAUCUUUUCGUACUGUAAUUGGGACUGUUUCGACGCUGUUGGGUGCAUCUUUUGAGGCUAAUGGAAAUGUGACGACUUCAGAAGUAAAGGAUUCGGACAAUGGGCAUUGUGUGGAGAAGCAGAGCCCCAAAAGAAGGCGUCCUCUUAACAACAGACUCCUAAGUCGAUGGCGAGCUUUCACAUCUGAAUUACGAAAGGCUGAACGGCAGGUGGAGGCUGCAAAUACAGGAUUUGCUUUCUCAUUUGUUGAGGGAGUACUUGUGAAGGCUAUUCGGGAGGGUCAUUGGCUUUUGCUGGACGAAGUGAAUCUAGCCCCAGCUGAGACAUUGGAGAGACUAACGGGCGUUUUGGAAGGGACAUCUGGCACAUUAUCGCUCACAGAGCGCGGUGAUGUUGAAAAUGUGUCUCGCCACCCCAAUUUCCGUAUUUUUGGAUGUAUGAAUCCAGCAACAGAUUUUGGGAAACGUGACUUACCAAUCGCGCUUCGAAAUCGUUUUACAGAGUUGUAUAUUGAUGAAUUGACACAGAAAGAGGAUUUGCAAGCCUUGGUGUUUCAGUAUCUUGAGAAUUCAAUUCCCUCUCCACCUGUGGAAGAUAUUGUUAACUUUUACCUGCAAGCGCGUCAUGAGGCUGGAAUUAGGCUCUUGGAUGGAGCCAACCAGAAGCCGCAAUAUAGUUUAAGGUCCCUUACAAGAGCACUUGAAUACACGUGUGCUGCUAUGUCUACAUAUGGUUUUUUGAGAUCAUUGUAUGAUGGUAUCUGUAUGUCUUUUCUGACUCUUCUCGAUCAACCAAGUGCUACAAUUAUGGAGCAACUUAUUAAUGCUGCUUUGUUCAAGACUACGGGGCUUGGUGCGACGAAAGCUUUGAAGGCUCUACUUAAAGUCCCACCAAAGCCCAGUCCCACCCAUGUUUUGGUUGAGCAUAUUUGGGUGGAGAGUGGUAAUGCUCAGCCGUCAAGGUUGUCUUUGGAAUCUCGAGAUCGGUAUGUGCUCACAAAGACUAUCACAGAGCAUCUUAAGAAUUUGGCAAGGGCAGUAUUUGUUCGCAAGUAUCCUGUUUUAUUACAGGGGCCAACUUCAAGUGGGAAGACAAGUUUGGUUGAAUAUCUGGCUACCAUAACAGGUCAUCGGUUCGUCCGUAUCAACAACCAUGAACAUACAGAUCUUCAAGAGUACCUUGGCUCCUAUGUAACUGAUUCUUCAGGAAAGCUGGUCUUUCAGGAAGGAGCUCUUGUUGAAGCUGUGCGAAACGGUUUCUGGAUUGUCCUGGAUGAAUUGAAUUUAGCCCCUUCUGAUGUGUUGGAGGCUCUUAAUCGCCUACUGGAUGAUAACAGAGAGCUGUUUAUUCCUGAGAUUCAGCAGACAAUAAAGCCGCAUCCGCAUUUCAUGUUAUUUGCGACACAAAACCCCCCUGGUAUUUAUGGAGGUCGGAAGGUUCUCUCAAGAGCAUUUCGUAAUCGGUUUAUGGAACUGCAUGUUGAUGAUAUUCCUGAUGAUGAGUUAUGUAUGAUACUGGAGAAACGGUGCCAGAUUCCCGGAAGCUAUGCCGCUAAGAUGAUUGAGGUUAUGAAGGACUUGCAGAGACAUAGACAAGGUAGCAAGGUGUUUGCUGGGAAGCACGGAUUCAUAACUGCUCGCGACCUGUUUCGAUGGGCUGAACGACAUGGCAAUGGAUAUGUAGAGCUAGCCAGGGAUGGUUACUUGCUGUUAGCAGAGAGACUGCGGAAUUUAGAUGAGAAGGAAGUGGUGCAAAGAGUACUCGAAAAACAUAUGCGUGUGAAUUUGGAUGUGGACCAGCUUCAUGAGAUGGAUUCAUCUGAAUCAUUUAAGGCCAUCAAGAAGCUGGCAGAGUCACCAGAGCAUGUGUCGACUUUUGGUAGGAUUGUUUGGACGAAGAGUAUGAAGCGGCUUUUUAACUUAGUUGAGCAUUGUGUGAAGCAUUGUGAGCCUGUUCUGUUAGUAGGGGAGACCGGGUGUGGAAAGACAAUGGUAUGUCAGCUGCUGUCUUUGCUCUACAACCAACGUCUGCAUAUUUUAAAUUGUCACCAGCAUUCAGAGACUUCGGACUUUCUUGGUGGCCUACGUCCAGUUCGGGAUCGAGACAGCCUUGCAAUUAAGUUCCAGAAAGCUGCUGAGAAGAUUAUCUCUGUGGACUUGUUCCGAGAAGUUUGUUCUGAUGAGCUUCCUGUGAAGAUAGAGGAGUCUGGAACGGCAUUGACCAUUGUAAAAAAUGCUCUUUCAGAUCUGAAGAAAAGAAAACAGGAUAAGAAAGGCAAAGUAGCCAAAGCAGUAAUGCUUCUGGAAGAAGCUUUGAAGGAACUUUCAAAUUGCCACAAAGAAUGGCAAUCUCUCUUUGUGUGGCAUGACGGUCCACUCGUUCAGGCUAUGCGCAAUGGUGAUAUGUUUCUUGUGGAUGAGAUAUCUCUUGCGGAAGACAGUGUUUUGGAGAGACUCAACAGUGUGCUUGAGCCCAAGCGCCUAUUGGUCUUAGCAGAAAAAGGAGGUGCUGAUGUAGAGGAGUUGAUAGCCAACUCAAGUUUUCGUAUCUUGGCUACAAUGAACCCCGGAGGAGACUUUGGCAAAAAAGAACUGUCUCCUGCUCUGAGAAAUCGUUUCACUGAGAUUUGGGUUCCUCCAAUCAACGAUAUAAGCGAUCUAAGAAGCAUUUCUGUGGACAGAUUUUCAAGGCCUGGUCUUGUUAAGUUAGUGGACCCCAUGCUUGAAUUUUGGCAGUGGUUUCAACAUUAUCAUGAAGGCGGAAGGUCGCUUUCAGUGCGAGAUCUCUUGUCAUGGAUUACUUACAUCAAUGCCGCUGAAUCGGAAAUCGGCGAAAUUCCUGCAUUUAUUCAUGGUGCUUUCCUGGUUCUUCUGGAUGGAAUCGGUUUUGGACUGGGGCUUUCUAAUUCAGCUGCUCAGCAGCUGCAAACUGAGUGCGCAAAACAUUUGUUUGAGCGGUUACCCGAACAUCAGCGGCACGAUGCAGUUGAAACGACGAAAUUGGGUGAUCACACAUUUGGACCUGUUAAAACAGACCCGAUGGAGGUUGAAACGGACUCUAGGGGCAACUUAUUUGGAAUACAUCCUUUCUACAUUGUUAGAGGUGAUUACAGAUCACCAAACAUUAGCUUUGCAUUGGAUGCACCUACUACGAAGCGCAAUGCGUGGCGAAUACUGCGUGCCCUGCAGCUGAAUAAACCGGUUCUUAUAGAAGGAAGUCCAGGUGUUGGUAAAACAAGCCUGGUGGCAGCUCUAGCAGCUGCCUCGGGUCACGCUUUAGUGAGAAUCAAUCUUUCUGAGCAGACAGAUAUCAUGGAUUUGCUGGGAUCAGAUAUGCCAGUUGAAGGAGGAACUGGUGCAGAAUUUCAGUGGUCGGAUGGUGUAUUUCUUCAGGCUCUCAAAGCUGGACACUGGGUGCUUCUUGACGAACUCAACCUUGCAUCACAAUCAGUGCUAGAAGGUUUGAAUGCAUGUCUUGAUCAUCGAGGGGAGCUGUUCAUACCCGAGCUUGGUCGCUACUUUAAAUGUCCUUCCUCAUUCCGCGUGUUUGCCUGCCAAAAUCCAUUAUCUCAAGGAGGAGGUCGCAAAGGUCUACCAAAGUCUUUUUUGAAUCGGUUCACUAAAGUCUAUGUUGAAUCCCUCUCUGAAGAUGAUUUCUUGGAAGUUGCAAGCAUCUUACACCCUUCUCUUUCAAGAUCAAUUCUGAAAAACAUGGUUGAGUUCAAUUCUCGGUUGUAUCAUGACACAAUGGUCCUUCACAAAUAUGGACACUCUGGCUCUCCUUGGGAGUUUAAUCUUAGAGAUGUACUAAGGUGGUGUGAGCUUAUGGAAAAUUCCAAGGUCGAGCUACCAGAUGGUGAUUCACAUACUGGCGCACCAGAUCAUUUUCUUGAUGUCAUGUAUCUCCAGCGCAUGCGAACAGUUGGUGACAGGCGCCAAGUCCUCAGUCUCUAUCAGGAAGUUUUUGGUAUAUGUAUUGAUAUCGAGACUUUUCCAGCAAUUUCAGUUCAUCCCGAGAGGUUACAGGUAGGUUUAGCAUCUCUUCCUCGCAGAAGUGGACCUCGUCUACAAGGCGAUUUUGACAGGCAGUUGCAAGUUUUGCCAGGUUUAGCGAACAGGUUAGAAGCCGCCAUGCACUGCGUCUCCAGAGGCUGGAUGUGUAUUCUAGUUGGGCCUCCUGCAUCAGGAAAAACUUCCCUUGUGCGCUUGCUGGCCACCCUUACAGGUAAUUCUUUACAUGAAUUUACCUUAUCCAGCGCGACAGAUACCACAGAGCUGCUCGGUUGCUUCGAACAACAUGAUUUCUUUCGACAUUGGCAGGAAAUCGUGAAGUUGGCUCAUGAUUCGCUGAAGUCUGUCUGCAGCUUCUGCUUGUCUGUCAAUGAAGAGGGUUCUUUGGAGACCAACCUUAAACUGAAUAUGGUAAAGAGUCUCUUUGGGUCUUGGGCUGCCUUUCAGAAGACAAUCAAUAGCCAUGCAACCAAUAUGGAGCAGGACAUUGAUCAAGGUGUUAUAGAUGUAGUGGCUGUCAAUAUGCUUCUACAGACCUUGGACCAGAUGCGCCAAACAGUUGCGUUAUGUGGAAUGAUUAUGGAUGAUCCUGUGCUAGACCCACGUAAUUUACAUCAAAGAGUGGCCCACGUGAAGUCUAGUCUUGGGCAGCUGGGUACUGCUGGUCGUUUCGAAUGGGUCGAUGGAGGACUGCUGAAAGCUAUUGAGCGUGGGGAAUGGGUAGUACUUGAGAAUGCCAACUUUUGCAAUCCUACGGUUCUUGACCGACUGAAUCCUCUACUUGAACCUGGAGGUAGCAUCAUGGUUAAUGAGCGUGGUCUUGUGGAGGGUGAAGCCAUGGUUGUUCAUGCUCAUCCCAACUUCCGCCUCUUUCUCACAGUGGACCCUGCACAUGGUGACGUCUCAAGAGCCAUGCGCAACCGUGGAGUUGAACUGUUUAUGCUACAACCUGAUUGGCCUCAGUCAGCUGCAAAAGAAUCUCCAAUUUUGGAAGAAAUUUUGGGAGGAACCCUCGCUUCUGACCUUGAUACUUUGAAAGUUCUCACUCAAGCUGGAAUCCCUGGUCCUAGUUUUAUGCAAGGCAUGUGUAAAGUACAUAUUGACACUCGUAUCCUUAUAGAGGUCACUCAAAGUGGGUUGCCUGUGUCUUUACGAGAGCUUAAUGAAUGGGUGUCGUUGCUCCAGCAGCUUCUUGAAAGGGGUGGCAGUUUAUCGUGGUCUUUGUCAUGCAGUUGGGAACAAGUUUAUGCUCGUCGUCUUAAUACUGUAGAGGCUAGGCAAGAAGCCAUGGAGAAAUUUCAAUCCACGGUAGGAUCUUUGAAUCUUUUGAGUGCUGGUACCUGGAGACAGAUUGGGUGCAGUAUCCCUGGAGGUUGGCCAUCUCCUUUGACUUUCGCGGAGUACUGCCUUACGUCCAAGGAGGCAAUGAUUAUGCGUGACAGUGCACUUCUAGAGUACCUUGGUGCCCAUUUUUUUGCUCUCAAAGCAUCGAGAGAGUGGACGCCAAUGGAUUCUGAGCACAGCGAGCCGUUGAAGCGCAUUCAAGACUCCAGAACUAUAGCUUCACGGCUUCCUUCAAAUAUGCUUUACUACCUCUUAAACCCUAAGCAAGAACGAACUAACAGCAUUCCCCUACUUGAUGUCAAAGCACAAGAUUUAGAUCUUCAACUGCUUUUUGCCAGCUUGUGGAUGUUGGAACAAGGAAGCUAUGUAGACAUCAAUUUUCGGAUCCAAUGGCUUGGUUACUUAACGGAUUAUUUACAGGGUUCUUCUGGUAGCCUGAAACGUAUGGUUACUGCUGUCCAACGUGAGAUUGCCCAUCCUUUCUCUCGGGAGCUGUCGUGUAUGUGGGAGAGGUACUUGCGGGAGGGAAAAUAUAAUUACGGUACUGUAGCCUCCGUCGUCUCACGUUUCGUCAGCCAGAUGACCGAACGGCCAGCUACACUGAGAAAUUUGGAAUACUUAGAGAAUAAGAGCACUUUGGGAACGUUGAUCUUUAUGGCGACUAGAUCACACAUCUUUAGACGAUGUUUGCUUCAAUGGGAAGAAGAAGAUGAUCAGUAUAGAAUGGUGGAGAAGCAAGGUCCCAACUCCUCAAGUAGCCCAGUCGUGCUGUCUUACUGGCAUCGUAUCCACCGGGCAGAUCAUUCUCGUCUUGUGUCUGCUCAACAUCCAAGAGCUAUGUUGAUCUACUUGUAUCCGUUGUUUUCUGCCUUACGUGAAUUGGAGAAUAGUGUGCUAGUGUCAAGCACUCUUGAAUGGUGGAAAAUUAUGAUGGGGUCUUGCCUGGGCGUACUCGAGUGGCAUGAAGCUCUUUGGAAUCACUUGAGAAGACCGAAGUUCGAUGUUGAAUGCUUUCUCUUUCACUGGAGCUCAUUGAAACGUAGUCUACAGGCUCUUUACGCAGUAACAGACAGGUCCUCUGAAUCUGUUGUGAAGGCGGAAGAUGAUGUGAAGGGGCUUGUCAAGUUAAUAGACGAACCGUUUUCUUUAGGGGAUAAUCCUCUUGCAAAGCCUCUUUUGUGGAAAAAUUCUGGUCAUCCUAGCCUACCUCACUCGAGAGAGAUUUACGAUUUGGAAGUUAAGGUUAUGAAGAUAUGUGAAGAUUUAUGGCAGGAUGGAGUUAAUGAUGUUACCAUUAUCAGUACAGAUGGUAAUAUUCGUCAACUGACGACAACAGGGCUGAGUAUCAUACGCUGGCUGGGUCAGGACACUACGCAGGGGACUGUAGAAAGAAGCAUUUUUGUUGAACAAUUCACUCCUAAUGGUGAGUCCUCUGCCAGUACGAGCUACUCUGACGCUUCUUCAGUCCAUGAGAUGCUGAAGGAAAGAGUAGAACUUGAAAAGGCGAAUUUAUCUCCUGUGGGCGACCAUGAUAUCAUUCCACUGCUGAAAUCAUCUGCUCCGUGUCCUGCUCCUAAAAGUUCUAGAAGUGAACUUCAGAACACUUCGUGUCCUGUGUUUCCAAAAGAGUUGCUGCGAUGGCGAAGUGCUUGGACUCUCUUUGCUGAACUUUUACCUUGGCUUAGCAAUGUAAGCAUAUGUCAAGAUACAAGACUGAUAGCUGAAGUCUCACUUCUGGCUGGAACUGAAUGUGGGUCAGAGGAAAGUUUUCUGUCGAUUCUCAAAGACAGUGUCUCGGUGGUUGCUUUGAAGAAAAUGAUUGACUUUGCCAUUUUCUGUUCUGCAAGAUCUCCAGCUGAUCUGGUCCCUCACCAACACCUUCUAUGGCUACUGGAAGGAACACAUCCUAAAAAGUAUGGAAUAUGGUCUUCAUUUCGAGAGAUAAGUCAUGAGUUGUUGUAUAGAUGGCAUUCAGCCUUGUGGACGAACAUGCUAACCGCGUCAAGUGCACCGGAAGACUGGUGUCGAGUAGUGGGUCCUGCAAGGAUUUUCUAUGCUGGACAGACUGUACAUUUUUCCAAUUUACUUGGUCGAACUGGCGCUGUACGGGACCAUUAUGCGAAGCUUACCCAACUCAGAUUGGCAUCAGUUCACGUCUGGACUCAGGCGAAGCUGGAGGUUAGUGAUAUAUUUGUGUCAAGCGUGUGCAGUGCGAGUGCCAUUUUUCAGCAGAUUAUAUUCUCCCAUAGGAAAUCUUUUCAGGAAGAUGAUUACUUCCUGGUCAGCAUGCUUUCUGUACUACACUCAGGUAUUAUGGGAAAUAAGUCCGAGUUGUCGAGAAACGAGAAUGAAAUACUUGAGAGACUUUCUACCUUAUUAAAGCAAUCUCAGCAUACCGAGUUUUUGAAAUUUCUUGGGCCUUUGUUACUUCCUUGUAUGAAUCUCUUAUAUUCCACUGCUUGGAAAGAUACGAGUUUCAGCCAGUAUCUUAUGAACCUUGGAAGACUAUGGCUCUAUAUGGGGGAACUCCGACUACAUUUGAUGUUGCCGUCAGAUGGAUGUGAUCCAGUUGCUAAGUAUAUUCAUAAAUAUGCCCAUCUUUCAACGCAACUCACACGGCUGGAAUUAGAUAUAAAAGUGAGGCAGGAGAGUGAGUUUUGGGUUAGAGGUAGCCGAAACUCACCAAAGACUAAUGAGCUUCUUCUGAAGCUUGAAGACAUGAAACAAGAAUUGACUUCUUUGUCUUUGAAGUUGGUUCCACGUCCUGAUCCUCCACAAUUUAGGAGCGUCUUAAGUGAAGUUCUUAAUUUUUUGAAGUCCUCUGUUUAUAAAGAAAGGUUGUUUAUUCUGGCAGCCGAUUUAUCGUUGGAUUCAGGAAGUUCACGAAUUAUGCACGAGGUUUCUACAUGGCAGGAGAACGCAAUGCAAUUUAUUAAUCGGUUGGCUUCACAGUUUCCUGCAUACAGAGAUGUGGUACAGCCAGUCUUACUGGCGGUAUAUGAGCUAAAAUUUGGACUAUCUCUUUUACAAGCUGGCCGUGUUCAAAGAGACCUCUUUGAUAAGAAUGAUGUGAGCAUCGGAGAGAAUGGAUUUGAAGAACUUGUCUGUAGGCUCAUGCAGUUUCCUACUUCGAGAAGCGACUUGGGUCACAAGAUCUCGGCAUCGUGCACAGAGCUAGUGACGAAUACCACAGAAGCAAUUAUCAGGAAGGUGACCAGCUCCCUUUUGUCUGGCUCUAUCCAUGGAGAGGUUCUGGAUCUGGAGCUGAAAGUGAUGGUAAUGCGGGUUGCCAUUUUGCGUUGUGGAAUUGAUACACAGCAAGCAAGAGUCAGGACGAAGGAUGUUGUCAAGGCUGUAAACAACAUAUUUAAUACCUUGGCCUCCUUGUGGUCCGAGAUUCGAGAAAGACAAAAAGCCAGAGAAAAGCAAGAGGAGUUUAUACGUUUUACUACUCGAACGCACACUUUGGAAACUGAAGAUGAAAUAGAAGAAGCAUCUUUUCGAGAGAUGUUCGUAGACUUCAGAGAUGAAUUCCCCGGUUACGAUGACGACACUGGGAUGCUUACUGCUGAAUUGGAUGAUAGAAGGGCUGAAGCAGCAUUAAAAGAGAAAGAAAAAGCCGCCGAGGAUGCGAAACUAAGAUCUGAUAAAGCAUGGUUGAAAAUACAGGAGCCUCUCAUUGAGAAUGUUGUGUCAGUUCACAAACAUAUUUUUGGUCAGAUAUCUACACUCUUGAUAACUAAGCGUGGAACUAGAGACGAGCUGGUUUCAGAUUGGGAGAGAGAAAAUGCACUGUCACUGGCGUAUCAGACUGGAGUACGUUUACUUGGAGCUGUUGGCUAUAGAGCAUCUGCCAAGGUAGAAGAUAUACUCAUGACAUCACACAUGAUGCAAGUGAGUGUUGAGCAUAAACGAAUUGGUGAUUUGUAUCAAUCCUCCGAGAUUAAAACCACCAAGUACAGCAUUUACAAGGAUCCUAAUCCCCCGGAGAUGGCACUGAUGUUAGAACCCUUGAGACAGUUUUUAGAACGCGUCAGUGGUCUAUUAGUCGAAUGGCCAGAUCACCCUAUUUUGAUACAAUUUUUGACUAUCGCUAAGGCUCUUGUGGGAAUAUCUGUAGAAGCCCCAAUCAUGAAAGCACUCACUGGGGUAGAGCUGUUACUUUCGAAAGCCCAAAUCUGGGAAGAAACUGCUGCCAAACAUGUCUCAUUGGCGAGAGAGAUGGGUGAAUUGAUGAAAUUGGUGAGAAGAUGGCGAAAGCUGGAACUUGAAAGUUGGCCUGCUUUGCUUGAAUGCACUUUAGAGAAGCAUGAAAAGAGUGCUGAGAAAUUGUGGUUUUUCCUUUAUGGAUUACUCCACAGAGAAUUUGGUGAGAAUUUAAAUAAGGAAAUGGAAGCCACAAUUUCUAGUUUAGAAGAGUUCAUGCAAACCUCGCCCCUUGGAGAGUUCCAAAGACGUCUCGACUUGCUAAGUUCUUUUCAUGGACAGUUUUUAUUGGAAGAUAUGUAUGAUGAUCCUCAUGUUGGGUCAUCUAAAGCUGCUGUGCAGAAGCUUUGUAACGCUUUGUACAAUGUCGGGGAGUACUACUCUCAGUUCCUGCCUGCAGUAGAGGAAGCUUUGACGGCUGGGAAGGCCCCUAUUGAGAAAGAAUUGAAGGGAUUUGUGAAGUUGACGAAAUGGGAGGAUCGAGGUUAUUAUGCACUGGCCAUAUCUGCAGAGAAAACUCACCGGAAGCUCCACAAGUUGAUUCGCAAAUAUGACGAGCUUUUGAAGAAACCUAUCAUGGAGGUGUUAUCAAAACAAUCUUUACGUAUGGGUACUCAAACUCUUGCGACCCUAACCACCUCAUCAGAGCCUUCUCAAACUGGCGAAGAGCCCUCAGAUAAAUCUAUGCACAUGGAUGACAAGCCUGUACCUGCUGCUCUUCCUGGAGAAGAGCUCUCCUCAAGUCGAGGAAGUCCCAGCAUCACUGCAUGGGACCAGUUUUGUGGUACGAAAGUUGCAGAUGUAACUUCGUUGACCUCGGAAUUUGGUCAAGGACUUCCAGAGUUGAAUAAGCGGUUACCGUCUAUAACUGCAAGGAUGGGUACUUUACUAGGAGUUGGAGUAUUUGCAUCAGAUACUCGGAAGGUUGAAGAAGAUUGCGUGAAUACCUUGGAAGAGUUCAGUGCUGCCGUCAUACAACGGUCAGCUGAGUUGAGGAAGGGGGAAACGAAGGUUGCUGUCAAGAAGAAAGCCCUUAUUGACCUUCUUAGAGCAUUGAGAGACAUUGGACUGUCUCAUCACAAGUCAGCUGUGCCUAAAGAUGAGAGACAUGUUAAUGAUUGGUUCCAGCAGCCAGGAUGUGAUCUAGCAGAAGUGCUGAUGUUGUGGGUACAUCAAGAAGUUGAAGUUGUUGCUGGAUUAUCUAGCAUUGUUUCUAUUGAAAAUGUCUGCAGUGUGUGGACACGCGCUAAAAAAUACUAUUUUCAGAACGUUGCACUCCUCCAACGGCUUGGGCAGAAUGCCCUUGCCUUUAACAAAGCAUUAAGUUUGCGCGAAGUUGAGGUUUCUUCAAAGUACAUGGAACAUUUACUGUUUCUGCAAAGAAAACAGCGACGUACUGCCUUUGAGUUUUCAUCGAAGCUUAGUUCACUUGUUCAUUUAACAAGUCUCUUAUCAGGUUUUGCAGCUAAGGAUUCGAAAUUUCCUUAUCAGAGAAAUAGUAGGCAGUGGAUGUGGCAACAAAAGGGUCUUCUAGACUCUCUAUGUCAUGCAAGCUCAGAAUUAGUCCUCCUCUAUAGGGCAGCUGAAGCAUCACAGAAGUCUCCUAAUACAGACUGCUCUGAAGCAGCUUUACUUCGCAAAGCUGUUCUGCAAAUAUCACGUAAACUGGAUGUUUGUAAGAACACGUUGGACCAUUUCCUGGUUCCUCGAAGUGAGUUGGUGGGCUCCAGACCUUUGGAAGAGUGUUGGCCCUUGUUGAUCACACCAGGCAUGCAGGAAGUACUCACUGAGAACUUUGUUUCUUUGAGAAGUACAGAAAACCUAUUACAAGAAGUACGCAAAGGUUUAACUGGGUCUAAAGUGCCAGGGCUGAGUUGCCUGGAGCUUCUUUUCAGCCGAGCAGUAGAUAUGUCCAAUAAAUUUGAGGAAGAGUGUAGCAGAACAAACUGCACCUAUUCUAUCGAACAGGAAAAGGCAGUGAACAUUGCUCCUUUAACAGAGCACUACGAUAAGAUUGUGACUGAAAUUCAAUUGGCGGUUCAGAACCUUCGAACAUACACAGGAAAUACUUCUGCUGCUACCCAAGAAUCUGAUACUGGAGAGUCCGAGCAUGCAGGCACGAUUCAGGAUGUGGAUCAAUCUAUCAGCAAGAAAAUGCUAGCUUUACGUUUUGAGAAGAUAUACGGAGAAUUGCUGAGGUUAAUCUGCGCAGGUGCAGAGAUUAUUGAUAAUGAACAUGGCACGGAAGAACAUGCUCGUGCGGCUUUAGGGAAGCUCCUUGGUUGUAUACAUGCUCCGUUACAGAUAUUAGAGGUGGCUGGGGCCCAGUUGCUUGCAGAUUAUGUUGUUCUGCAGAAAGCUGUGUCCAAACUCAGCUAUGUAUUGACCAACUUGUUUUGCUCUCUAUACUCGGAAGGAUUUUGCUUAACUAAGGAGGAGGAGAGUGAAGCUAGUGGAACGAAAUUUGAGGAAGCCGAUGGAACCGGCAUGGGAGAGGGUGAAGGGCAAAAAGAUGUCAGUGAUCAAAUUGAAGAAGAGGGCCAGCUACUUAACAGCACAGAAAAAAAUCAAGAUCCUCCAACGGAUGAUUCUAGAAAGAAGAAGGAGAAGGGUAUCGAGAUGGAAGAAGACUUUGAUGCCGACAUGCUUGACCUCAGCGACGAUGAAUCCGAUGAUGAGAACGAGGCAGAGGAAGAAAAGGAUGAGAAAUUGGAGUCACAAAUGGGAGAGGAAGGUGAAAAGAGUGAAGUUGUGGAUGAACAGCUAUGGAAUGGUGAUGAUGACAAGAAUGAGCAGCAGCAACAAGGUAAAGAGAAACAAGAAAAAGGCUCAAGUAUGUCGGGUGCUGAGGAGGAGGAUCUGGAGAUGCGAGCUAAAGAAGAAGGUAAUGAAGAUGGCAAGGGCGACAAAGGGGAUGAAAAGGCGGAGAAGGAAGGGCCAACUGAUCCUUUAGCCAGCGACCAAGAGCAAGCACAGCAAGCAGAACAUGACAUGGAUGACGAUGAGGGUUUGAAAGAAGAUGAGGCUUAUGAAGAUCCUAGUGGUGUUAAACCACGAGUAGAAGAAGAGCUGGAGCUUCCCGAUGACCUGAAUUUGGGUGGGGGUAUGGAAGAAGGCCAGGAGGAGACUGCAGAGGGAGAUGACGAAGGUGGACAGGAGGCCGUUAAACAGGAGGACAAAAUGAAUGAAUCAGAGCCAAUGGAUGUUGAUGAUAAUGCCAACUUGGCUGAAGAAAAUGAGACGGGUGAGAAUAAGAAUGAAGUUGAUCAGGGAGAUGAGGACAAUAACGCAGAAAACAAAAAUGAUGCAGAACAAGAACAAGAGAAUGAACGGGAAUCUGGGAAGGCUGAAGUUGAAGAUGAGGAGCGUGAUUCAAGUAUGAACAAAGAAGAAGAAAGCAUGCAAGUGGAUGGUAAUGAGCUACAGGGUGAAGGUCCAUCCCAUGAUGAACCCGAACCUGAACAAUCUCAGCCUCCGUUGCCCGAAAUGGCAGAAAACAUGCCUUCAGAUUCUAGAGCAACAGGAGGUGCGGAGGCUGUUCCAGCAGGUGUCUCCGGCAGGCAAGGGGAUCCUGUCAAAGUUGGGCAAGAUGAUGAGGAUCAUAAGUUGGGGGAUGCUGAAACUCAAGUUGAUCAGUCUCAGUCUGAACUGCUGUCAUCAGCGACUGAAGAUCUUCUAGGAAACAAGAGAUCUGCAGAUAAAAAGUCAGUGUUGUCUGAUGACGCAACUAAGAAGCAGGACAGGCCAGAAGCAAAUGCUAACAGAAGCCUGGGUGAUGCUUUGAAGAAGUGGAAGGAGAUGGUUCAGAUGCUAGAUAAUAGCUCUGCGCCUGAAGCAGAUAUUGCAGAGAAAGAUGAAGAGAACUUGAAUGAAGAAAGCACGGGUAUGGCGUACGAGUACGUGCCUAAGGAGGACACAGGAAGUGCACAAGUACUUGGAGCUGCUACAGAUGAACAGUUGACAAAUGCUCAGAGCCUUGAGGGUCAGGAAUCUGAGGAUGAGAAAGAGAAGGAUGAUACUGAUACUGUGCUGCCAAGUAUAGAAGAACUGGAGCUUGAUGACAGCAAGGAAGGUCAAGAUGAUAUGGAAGGAGUGGAAGCGACUCAACAUCCUCUUAAAACAAGGAAGGGACUGGCAUCAGAUUCGAAUCAACCGAACUCUGAAGAACGGCAAGAUGAUGUUACUGCGCUCCUAGCUCUGGAAGAGGAUCCAAUCUCAGAGGUAGUUGAGAGAAAAAAAGAAAACGACAGUCUUGUUUCUCUUCGUAUGCCACAAGCUUUGGCUUACGAGGGAUUGAGGAGGAAUGGUGGGCCUGAAGAAAAGCCCCUGACUGAAGAGGAGAUGAGGGAAAUUAGGAGAGAUUUGGAAAUUAAGAUUCAGAGUGGAGAUGGGAGUAUGGAGAAUGCAAGAGUGGUGUGGCAGAAGCUCGAACAGAUGACAGUGCGAUUAUCACAAGAGCUGGCAGAGCAACUGCGCCUGAUUUUGGAGCCUACUCUAGCAGCCAAACUUCAAGGAGAUUAUCGUUCUGGUAAACGUAUCAAUAUGAAGAAGAUCAUACCUUAUGUUGCAAGUCAAUUUAGGAAGGACAAGAUAUGGCUGCGAAGGACCAAGGCCAGUAAGAGACAAUAUCAGAUAGUGUUGGCUAUUGAUGAUUCUCGCAGUAUGUCGGAGAGCCACUGUGGGCACAUGGCUUUGGAGGCCCUCUUCACAAUUUGCAAGGCUAUGUCACAGCUUGAAAUUGGGGAGAUGGCUGUUGCAAGCUUUGGAGAGAAAGGGAAUGUGCGCCUCCUUCACGAUUUCGACCAGACGUUUUCAUCUGAGUCUGGAUUGAACAUGAUCUCACAAUUUACUUUCAAGCAAGACAACACCAUUGAGGAUGAGCCGAUUGUAGACUUGCUCCAAUAUCUAACCCGUUUGUUAGACUUCAAAUCCAGACAUUCAACUGCACCUUCGGGAAGGAACGAUCUGCAACAGCUGGUACUAGUGAUUGCGGAUGGCAGAUUUCAUGAGAAAGAAAGUUUGAAAAGACGUAUACGAGAGGCUAUGGACAGGAAGCAGCUACUGGCUUUUCUGGUGUUGGAUAACCCGCGUGAAUCGAUUCUUGACAUGCAAUCGGUUUCUUUCUCUAAUGGAGCCCCAACUUUUACCAAGUAUCUGGACUCGUUUCCUUUCCCCUACUACAUUCUUCUCCAAGAUAUUGAGUCACUUCCUCGCACUUUGGCGGACCUUUUACGGCAGUGGUUUGAGUUGACUCAGCGCUUAUCCUAGUUUCGAAGUAUUGCUGCUGUGCACAGCUUCACGCAGUAGUUUUUCUUGCCUCUGGAAAGGGACAGCAUGAAGAACGAUGUUAACAUGCUGGAGAGACAGGGGUGCGCGCUCAAGCGUCAUCCUCAGGGAUCGGAUGUUGUAACAUAGUUAGGUGGCUAGAAACGUGUUUUCUUUUACAGAGGAUUAUACUUCUAUGGAAUGAACCAUAAUCGGAUUUUGCAGUAAUGCGUAGUUUUUACCCUCAUUUUUGGGAGCUUAUGUUUGGCUCCUCUCAAUGUUUUGUUUCCGCUGAAAUGGAAUACAUCUUUACACAAGUUGGGUUGGUA